AUGGAUCCGCUUAGAGUCCUAUUUCAGUUCGAAGCCACACUGGCACGAUUCCGACGACGUUACUGUGCAAACUCGUCCAUGUACUGUGACUUUGACGAUCUGGUCGCGCUGAUCGCUGACGGCACAGCGAGUGGUAUAGCUUCACAUCGCGAGCGAUUCGAUUAUCUUGGAUCGUUGUUCUUCUCCGGCACAGUAAUUUCAACAAUCGGGUUUGGCUCAUCCACGCCCCGAACGGAUGCUGGACGAGUUCUCACGAUCAUCUAUGGCGUGGUCGGUUGUACGAGUUGUGUGUUGUUCUUCAAUCUCUUUCUCGAACGAUUCGUCACCGCUUUGUCAUAUUUGCUGAGAUAUUUUCAUGAACGAAAAAUACAGCGACGAAUGAUGAAGAACAGUAAUAUGAACAAACCAGUCACGUUACUAAUCAAUAAUGAGGACUAUUGCGAAUCGGCCAGUUCAUGUGAAGGAGGAAUGGAUUCGUGGAGACCUUCAGUGUACAAAGUUUUCUUCUGCCUUUUUAGUAUCUCUGCAUUAUUGAUUAGUACCGCGGCAUGGAUCUACUCUCAUGUUGAGGACUGGGCAUAUGUUGAGGCGCUGUAUUUUUGCUUUAUAAGUUUCGCUACAAUCGGUUUUGGUGAUUAUGUGUCGAAUCAAAAAGAUGUCACAAAAAUCAACGGUGACUUGUAUAGAUUUCUCAACUUUGCAUUGCUCACAUUAGGUGCUUGUUGUUUCUACUGUCUUUUCAACGUAUCUUCAAUAGUUGUACGGCAACUUUUGAACUUUAUGAUCAAGAAAAUGGAUGUAAAAGGAACGAUUUGUUGUUUGAAAAAGAAACGACGGUACAUGGGAUUAGGACUGCGGCCGCCUAAAGGUUACGAUGAAGCAUCCGAGCGUUCAUCGGUGGACUAUCAGGAUGGAUUGCUGUCGUUGAAAGAGUUCCUGAUGAAUAAUCAGAGCUCCGUCUUGCUGCUACAGAAACAGCUCAUCAAAAGUGCUAUGAAGAACGCGAAAGAUAAUGAAGAGCAGAAGAUCUCGGCAACUCGCGUUGGACCGAUGGGCAUUCUUGAUCAGGCUUUUGGAGAUGAGAAUUAG